GCGGGGCCGGCUCAGUGUGGGCCUCUCGUGUUCGGGUACAGAUGUCGUUCGGAGUUGACGCCGCCGCCGUCGCCGCCGCUGCCGCUGCCGCCAUCGCCGCCGCGUACGACGCGUGUGCAACACCAGUCCGUCGCGGUCGCCGCCACGACUUACGCGCCCGCUGAACGCAAGUCUAUGUGACGAUACGCUGACCCGCCGAGAUACGCUCGAGCCAAGACAGUCGGACGCCGCCGCCGUGACGACAGCCUGCACCUGCUAGCGAUAAAUUACCCGCCGAGCAAACGGGUCGCCGUAUAAUAUCGUCAUCGUUACUAAUAUUAUAAAUUGCCGGCCGUUCGAAACAUGCGCGCCGCCGCCGCCACUGUCGCCGCCGUCCGAACACCCGCAGCAUCACGACACGAACAGCAAUGAUCGUCCCGUACCGCCGUUACCCGUUACAAUGUCGUUCUCGUCAACUCGGCUACUGUACAAGAAAAAGACGUCAAUAGGAAUGACAUGAAAGUAAUUGUAUGUCGGUUUGGGGUACAGCCCCCAAGCGAUGGGAGAUAGCGUCGAUAACUACAUAAAUGCCACUGAAUCAGACAUCAUGAUUAAAAGACAAAUUAUUAGAGCCGAAUUUUAUAACACUUACGACGUGAUGACUGGAAUUAGGAUUGCAUCCACUUUAGGAGGAUUUUUUUUAAUGAUGGUUCUAUUAGUAUUGUACAAGAGUAAAUGUAAAACUCGAUCACUUUCUGACCAACAUCUCGAGGCGGUCAUCAAAGCGGCUGUGGACCAAGAAGAACAACUGGCUGCUUUGGCUAAAAGAAGUUCUAGCUCAAGCUAUUGCUCUGGCCAUGGUCUUUGUAGAUGUUCUCCGAGAUAUAGUAUGACAGAGAACACUGUUGCUGAGUGUAAUAAUUGGAACCGUAAAGCUAAGACCUAUCUUUCAGAAACUCAAUAUCAUCAUCCGUAUUCGGCUUUAACUCAAACCGGCAACAAAUUUAUGAAAUCAUCAGUACUAGAAUACUCUUUCGAAGAGGACGAAGACGAUGACAUGGAUAACGAUGAUAUUGAGGAAGUAUCUAACAAUGGUUACCGUGUGGCCAAAUGGCUGGAAGUACCAUGUGACCAGAAGUGGAUUCCAAGAGGAAAUAGCGCCAUAACGGUGAGUAGCAACGAUACGAGUUACUUGGAAGCUAGAGGAUCAUCGUUGAUUAUUGGACAGCCUCCAUCUCCGUUGAACCACCCACCGCCCGCCGGUUACCCACCGUGGGAGUUCUACUAUCCCAUUGACAUACAAGUGAUCCAGCCGACGCCGUGCAUGUCACCGAGCGGCGGCAGCCAGGAAAGUUUCUCGGAUGUGCCUAGGCACACCGAACAGCUGUUGCCGGCCGCGUCCGAGCGGUUCCGGAAACCACCGCAGCCGCCGCGGAAGACGGCGUCGUCGUCGACGGCGGCGCCCAUCGCGUGCAUCCGGACGUCAUGCAGCAGCUGCAGCGACGACGCUGCUUCCACCGCCACCACCGUCAACUCGUCCGUGUUCGCCGACGAAUGUUGCUGCGCGACGGCGACGGUGUCGUCGUCAACACCGCCACAGUUACCGCUGACCGACGGCGGUGGUGCGUCGUCAGCGUUACCGCUCACCACCGCCGCAGCAGGAUCAGCCGGCAAAGCGCCUUGCGGGAGGCGAUACUCACCGCCGCCGACCACUAACCGCGGUAACUGCGGUACGCAUCGGGUCGACGACGAUCGCGGCGCGCCUACAACAGUCGGAGGUGCCGCGGUGGCUGCGGUCAGGUCUUAUCACGAUUUCAACCGCAGGCCGCCGCCACCGACGGCCACAGUCGGUCGGAACGUGAUCGUAGUCCAGGCGGACGUCAACCCCGUGGCCGACUCGAUCGUCAACGCCAACUCAUUAUCAGGGUCUUUACGCGCGCUGUACGACGCGUCUAAAGAAACAUUGUUCUAGUUUAAGGCUAAAAUACGUCGUGUUAAAUACCUACGUGUUGUUCGAGAAAAAAUAAUAUUGUCGUACCACCUGAAGCGUUUUGAUCGGAAAAUAUGUGAAACCGUUGAAUUUCAGUUAUCAUCUACAGUACAGUAUAGUUUCUGUUGCUUUUUCACUCUGUACAAGGGUCGUCACGUUUAAAUUGUGUUUGUGAGAUGUUAGUAAUAAAAUAAUUUUUAAAUUAUAUUUUAUAAUAAAUUUGUAUAAUAAUAUAUACGAUUUGUUGUGUUUCUAUUGAGUGUUAUAAUCAUGGUAAUAUUUUAGUUGUAUUAAAUAUAUUAAUAUGUGUGUAAAUUAUAAUGCUUACCCAUACAAACCAUUUUUUAAUAGUAGGUAAACAGUAUAAAGUUUAUAAUUUACCCGUAGGAAUCGAUUCUGAUUGUUUUUGUAAAGAUAAACUGAGAAAUUAUUGUUAACCCUUUGAAUAAUAAAAUAAAAUGUACUUACUGUAUAAUAUAUUUAUUUAUUUAUUUAUUUGUUUACAUGGUACAAAAUAUUGUUUUGUUUAGAAACCAAUAUUAUCACUUUGGUAUUGUUUUUACAGAAUCGAUAUAUUAUAUAGUAGGUAUUGUAUUAAAAAUAAUUGUUUUAAUUUUUAUGUUCCAUACAAUAAUUUCGAUAACAACAUUAGUACAGUAAUAGUAAAAAUUAUAAUUAAACAACUUUAUGAUUUAAAAUAAAAUAGUGUAUUGUCAACUAUCACGUGUAUUUGUGUAUUGCAUUUAAAUUAAUUUAAACUUAUAUGUCAUUUUAUUUUUUUCUAUUCAUAUCUCUCUCAGAGAUUUUGGUGGUUUUACGUGCAGAACUAGCUAUUUUGACAACGUUUCAUGGUAUUGGCCUACUGUCUAU